AGGUUCCAGUGGUAGAUGUGUUCCAGUCAGGGAUUGGCGAGUGCUGCGACAAAACUUAAUGAGAAAUAUCUGAUAUCUUGCAACUUGUCGUAUUGGAACAGAUCUCCUAAUCCAGUGUUACCCAACAGGAUAUGACAAAAACACUCCGGUCCCAACAGGAAGACAUCCAAAGUCAUGCUAGUACUGCUAUUGCCAAAAUGAUGAUGCCAAACAUGAUAAAGGAACAAAAGUGAGAAGAGUGUCUUCAAAUCAUCCAACAAUGAGUUUGAAGAUGAAGGUGCUCAUUCUCGGUCUUAUCUUGAACCUGGAGGGGAUACUCUCUCCGGUGUUUGGUCAGGAUGUAUCGCGGAAUGCUGUGGAUUCGACAUCGCUCAUCGAGGACAAUACACUCAUGUGCUUCCAAUGCAAAUCCUCGAGCUUGGAGGAAUGUCGAAAAAUGAAAUAUCUUCAACCGUGUCCCUCGGAUCAAGCAUAUGAUCGGUGCCUCACCAGUAUAUCCAAAUCCAGUUCCCAAAUGAAUAUGACAGUCACGAAAAAAUGCGCAUUGGCGCCCUGCUUCCUCGCCAAAUCUCCCACCGAGAACCAAAAUGUCCAAUGUGACAUCUCCCAGCCCAACUUUCAGUGCUUAUCGUGUUGUCUGGACAACGCCUGCAACGGAGCCAUCUCAACUUUAUAUCCAACGUCGGCCAAGAUGGCGAUGACAUUACUUGGAACAUUCUUUGUGGCCUUGACAGGGCGUCGGGGUUGAGAUGGAACACGUGAAGCAAAUGACAUCUUUAUUUGCCUCACAAUGCUUAUGUGUGUGAUUUGUAACCACACUUGUACUGGCAUGAUUUGAAAACCAGAAAAGCGGCGAAAUAUAAUAUCUCCUCCCUUGAAUAAAAGUAGUAU